UAACUGUAACCAAGUUGUAAAUAGAGGUUGGGCAAUCCGUUGAUCUGGUUUUACUUUCAUCCUCUCCUCAGAUCGUCCUGUUUUCAAAUUUUUGCGGAUUUCAAUUUGUUUACUCAUUGAUAUAUAUAGAGAAAAUUAUUGUCGUGUAGGUGUUUAAUUCCGCUGGUUUUAAUUAAAAAAAUUUCAUAAUUUUGUUGUGUUACAUACAAUUCGAUAUUGUUUACAUUUGGAGUCGAUGUUUCUUUUAAAAUGAGAAAAUCUUGUUGUAUUGAAGAUGCUAAUUUUACUCCAAAAAAUUCGUCAUGCUCAAUGGUUUUAAGAAGUGCUUGUUCACAUGGUCAUCAUUCUCAUAAGACUUUAGCUGUCAAAAAUUCUGGAAAUCAAGAAGUGAACUGUUUGGAUAACCAACAAUAGUGACUUGUAAUAAAUACUUUUUCCAAUAUUGAUGUUCAGGUGCUAUAAAAAAUCAAUUUAGUCGAGAAAAUUUCUGGGGCAGUCAACUGCUGAGAAAGCAUCCAACUUAGAAUCUUGUGAAAAUUAUUUUCAUUCGUCCCUGAAACAGUUUGCUUACAAGUCUGCUAAAACCUAUUCUAUUUUGAAAGAGAGCAUUUACAAUCAUUUAGAUUAUUCAAGCAUAUUAAAGAAUAAAUCUACAAAUGAAAAGGAAACGUCAUUUGAAUCAUUUAAUGAUUUACAUAACCUGUCAAAAUCAAGUGAUUUGUCUUUGAUUAACAAUUCAAUUAAUCAAGUCGAAUGCUGUCAUACAAAUAAUAAUUACCUCUCUUCAAAUUACUCUUCUGAUAUGUCAAAAUCAAGAGAUUUUUCAAGAAGCAGUUUAGCUGCUGUAAAUGCCCUCUCCGAUUCAGAAAAUGAAGAGAGCGUAUCGAAAGGUACUACGAAGAAAAGAAUGUCUAGAAAAUCUUUCUCGUCCAAGUCACAGUUUUCUACUGGUAAAACAGAAUCUCUUACCUCCAAUAAUCAUUCAAAUCAUAAUUCUCUGUCUAUUUCGGUGUCUGUAAAUAAUGCAGGACAUGCUACGUGUGAAACAACCCUGCAAAAAUCCUAUGCAACUGACUCUAAUUCUAACUACCAAACACCUACCAGCAGUAUUUUGUACAGGUCCAGUAUCAACCAUUUUCAAGGAUCUGAUGUGUCUUCUGCUACAAGCAGUCCAUCAUCUCCAGCUGUGAUUGAUAUUUCAAAUGCCCAGCAUACUCUUAUUGAUAGAUUUAGAUGGCUUCUAUGGCGUAGUAUUUAUAUGAAAAUCAUUAAAUGUGUCAACUUUGAUGUUUGGCUUUUAUCCAGGUACUUAUUCCCAUUCAGGUCGUUUAAUAGAAAAGUUCUUGCUUUAUUACUGCUGAUACCUUUCUUGAUAUACCUCUUCUCUGGAAUAGAUUCUAAAGAAUUUUCUGUCGCUGAGGAAUUUAUUUCAAAGACCUCUGAUUUUUCUUCAUACAUUUAUUCCAUCAUUUCUAGUCCAUUCACGAAACAAAAAAGCACUGUCAUUGAAUUUUCAUCAGGAGAAUCAUCAACUAGUGUUUAUAAUGUUUUAACUACUAUUGCUGUUGCACCUUGGUACUUCUUGAUCUCAUUAUAUUCCAAUUUCAAAAGUGUUCUGAAUAACAACAGUAGCGAAGAUCUGAAGUUAAUAGCACUAGAAAUUAGAAGGCUUAAAGAUGAUGUCACAAAAAUGAAGGAUUCUCAUUUCAAAACUGUUCCUCCGGAUGACAGUGCGGAAAAAAUACUAGUCUCUGAUAUUACUAGUCUUCGUCUUGAAUUUCAAUCUCUUACAGAAUCUGUUAAGAAGUUAGAAAAAGAGGUUUCUCUCAAAUCUGAAGGACCUUCAAAGCAUACCAGUACUGUAGAAGAUCACAAUGCUCAUAUCAUACAUAUUAAUACAAAAAUGAAGUCACUUGAAGAUCAACUUUCAGAUUUGAGAAUUGCCUUAAAGAAUUGCUGCGAUGAAAAAUGGACCUUAUCGGACUUUACACCAUCUUUUGAAAAACAUUUUCUGCAGGCAUUAAAAACUAUGGUGGAAAGAGACAAAGACAAAACAUCUCCAUACUACUUCUUUAAUGAGUGGCUUCGGGCUCAAAUGAGUGAUGAUAAAAGAAUAUUAUCUCAAUUAAAGUUAGAGCUUGAAAAAAUGAAAGCAACAGGUGCAGAAUAUGAUGCAGAAGUUGUUGAAAAUCUUGUCACGAAACAUAUGGAAUCCUUGAGAAAAGAGUUUAUGUCAUUGAAUAAGGCUGAAAGCCUAUCUGACGGAGCUUUCUCCCUGAAUGUAGUGCAAAAGCUUAUUAGAGAAGCUAUAAUGCUCUAUGACGCCGAUAAAACUGGAAAAGUUGAUUAUGCUUUGGAAUCUGGAGGAGGAAGUAUAUUGAGUACCAGGUGCUCUGAGAGUUAUGCUGAAAAAGAUGGUACAAUAAGUGUCCUUGGUUUGCCACUUUGGUCAACUCAUAGCUCACCUCGGACUGCCAUUCAG